UCGCUUAAACGUCAAACUCAACUCAGCCGACGAACAGACCGCACAAAGCGUAAUGUAAAAGAAUUGAAAAAAAUCAUCAAGUAUAGAGGCGAAAAGGCAGAAGUCGCGGCCCAAAUUGUUAAAUUGCGUUAACGCUGAACAAUUAAAUGCGGCGUUUACAGCACAGUAAAUGCAAGCGGCUAAUAAAUUGCGGAGGCGAACACCAGAGCCGAUAAAGCGGCCAAAAACGGCGACCGCAAUUUAGGCACACACACACACACACAUACACGCGACACACACACACACACACACAUUUAAAUACCAACCGCGAGAGAGAGCCCCCCAACACGCUCCACACGCCACACCACACCGCAUCGCCAAACACACACACAUGCAUACAAUCAAACCAAACCAAACACACACACAUACAAGCGCGCGUGCCUUGGCAGGUGAGAAGUAGAAGAAGAAGAGGAAUAAGCAAAAGCAGUAGCAGUCGGAGGCGGCUAGAAGCGGAGCGGAAACGAAGGCGCCAAAGCCCCAAAAACUCAGCAAAAAAAUUCAACAACAAAAAAAAUUUAAUCCAGAGGAACUCCAGAAGCAUUUCCGGCAGCAGCAGCAGGAUAAUCGAAGCAACGUGGAGACAACCAACAAAGCGGGCCAAUUCGAGUGCGAUUAAGGCAGCUGAGGAGGGAGGAGCUGCAGUAGUAGUAGCAGCAGCCCCAACAACAAAACACCAACAAAGCCAAUAAUAAAAACCAACAACAACAACAACUAAAACAACACCAAGGAAGCAGCGUAUUUGGCGAAAAUCUUGCAUUGAUGGUAAUGCAUGCUAGAAAACCGCAGCGUAUGAACGAUGGGUACUUUGAGAAGCAUACCAGUCACACAUCCUACCAGAGCUCAAAGUACAGCAGUUCAAAGCGCGACUACGAACGCGACCGUUCCUCCAAUUACCGCGAUCGCGACCUGUCACCUGGUGGCGGCGGAGGCGGUGGUGGCGGCGGUGGCAGCGGCGGCGGCGGUGGAGGCGGUGGCAGCAGCAGCGGCAAUGGCGGCGGCGGCGGACCACUAAACAAUGGCAACAGCUAUCGCUCUCAGUCGCCGGACAUUGAUUCGCCAUCGUCGCGAUCGCACGAUCUCAGGGAUCGUAGCGAUCAUAGGGGCGGAGGCGGCAGUGGGCGUGGCGGCAGCGGAGAACGUUACAGUUUCAUACAAAAGAUGCGCGACCGGGAUCGCGAUGCCUACAAGAAGGAUAAAUAUUCAGACAAACGGGAUCGGCGUGGGAAUGACCGGGAUUCCGAGUCGUCGUAUCGGACCAACCACGACAGGGAUCGGCGCGGCGGUGGAGGCGGUGGUGGCAGUGGGGCCGGUGGCAAGCUAUGCUCCUCUAGGGAGAAUGACAAGCGUUCCGGUUCCGAUGAUCGCGAUAGGGACAGGGAUCGGGAUAUGCGUGAUCUGCGCGACAAGCGAGAUCGUGGCUCCGAUCGCGAUCGGGAUUUGUACAAGAAGGACAAAUACGCAGAUAAACGCGAAAGGAGUGAUCGCGGCGAGCGAACAGCGCGCUAUGGCGAUUGGAGUGAGCAUGUGAGCUCGUCGGGGAAAAUGUAUUACUACAACUGCAAGACGGAGAUCUCCCAGUGGGAGAAGCCAAAGGAAUGGGUGGAUAGGGAAAGGAAUUUACCGCGUGAUCAGCACCGUGAGAAGGACUAUCGUGACAAGGAUCGCGAUCGGGACCGCGAUGAUCGCUUCUCCAGAUCGAAUAAAUUUGUUUCAGCAUACAAACAUUCCAAUUCUUCGCGGGACAAUUCACGACUGAGAUGGAAUUACAACGACGAUGGCCCGCCCAGCCAUCGAAGGCGUUUGGAUGGUCGACACAAUGACAAUGCUGACAUGGACAUAAGCGGCGAUUCGACGCCCACCUCAGAGGCCAGCUACUCCCUGAGCGGCACGCCCACGGCACACAGCAGCGGUGGCGGCGGCGGCGGCGGUGGUGGAGGAGGAGGAGGAGGAGGAGGUGGUGGUGGUGGUGGUGGCGGUGACCAGCCUAUGGGCAAUGCCCUGCCCCGCCUGGCCUCCCAUCCCAAUGCCAGCAGCAGCAAUUCCUCCGUGUCUGGAGGACCGCUUGGCGCCGCAGCCGUGGUCGCGGCAUCGGCAGCUGUGGCGGCAGCGGCACUCCAUUACGGUGGCGGUGGGGCGGGCCUGGUAACGGGAGCCACUAUGCUGCCCACCAGUGGGCUGUCCUCGGUGGGGGCGAACAGCAGCGGCAGCAACAGUGCCGGCGGCAGUAGCAACAGCAGCAACAGUGGCAGCAGCCUAAGGAAUUCGGUCGUUGGCCACAUUGGCUCCACCUCUGGAACAACUGUGCCGACGUUGGCGAGUCAGGAUCCGCACCAGCAUCCGCAUCAUCUGAACUCGAAUGCUCCCCUGCCGCCAGGAGCCAAAGGCAAGGAUCAGGCGCUACUAAUGCGCCAAAAGAUGCACCUGGGCUUGGGCGUAUUGGAUGGUGGCGGUUCGGCGUCGGAUUCGGGCGUCAAUCAUGCCUACAAUUCGGUCAACAACUCGGUGUCUGGCGGCAGUCUGAGCAGCUUACGGGAUAAUAAUGUCAAUUCCCCGCUGUAUAUGCCCCAUCCGCAUCAUAGCCUCUCCCCGUCGCUCACCAGCUACACGAAGAGCCCCAUACCGACGAUUGUCGGUCACACGAACAACGUGAGCAACGCCUACUCCUGCAGCACACCCUUCGGACUGAAGUCGAGCCUCGACGGCGGCCUACUGGUGGCCUCCGCUUCCCCGGCCACGCCCACUGCCUCCUCCGUCGUCAGCGGCGGCGUCAACAGCGUUGGCCAAAAUAUAGUGCCCGGUCUGGGUCCCGUUAGCGGUAUCAGUGUGAUCACGUCGAUGGGCAGUAACAGUGGCUCCAAUAGCGGAGCGCCGGGCAUUGGCGAGGGACCACCGACGCCCACCCAGGAACUGGAUCUGAGCGGUUCCGUUCUGGAUCAGCAGGCGCAGCAAGCGGCCGCCGCAGCAGCAGCGGCAGCAGCAGCAGCCGGUCUAAGCCAACAACAGGCGGCACAACAGAGAGGCAAACUGGAUGGGGCAUCAUCGGCCACUCUGAGCACGCUGCAGAGCUGUGUGGGAUCGUCGGUGCAGGCGGCCAACCUGCGAGGUCCGGAGAUAUCGCCCAAACUGGCCAAAUACUUUCGCGCUGAUCUGAUCGCGCACGUUACGAACUGGCAGGCGGAAGUGCUGGAGCGUCAGGCGCAGAAAUGCUGCGAGGAUACACAUCUGUUUGGGGACAUUACCUGCACGAGGAUAUGUGCGGAGCUGAAGUGUGCACGAAGCUUAGUGAGGAGCACCGAGAUCAAUGCCACCCUGCAGGAACAGAAAAUCAUGUAUUUGCGGCAACAGAUCCGCCGGAUUGAGGAGUCGAAGACUCAGAACGCGUUCAUGUCGGACGAUACUUAGGAUCAGGAGCAGGUUAGGCUCCGCGUGCAUCGCAAGCUGUCGGUCAGGCUCAAAAAGAGCAUAUUCUGGCGCAGCUGAUGAUGAUGGCGAUGAUGUAGCAUUGCUGGCGGCAGCCUAGCCUAGUGAAUGCGAUUAGUUGGCAUCCACCUCUACAUCUUCUCUCCCCCCAAAUAAUCCAAUAAUGGGCGAUGCAUCUCCACACCAUACCAUACUUCACCACACCCUACCACAUCAGCACUCAUAUAUAUACACCCUCACUGAGCCAGACACCAAGUCGCCUAGGAUUGAACUGUGUUCGUCCUGGCAAUCCUAUUUGGAAUAUGGUGGCAGCAUAUUUCAAGGAUUGCUGCCCAAAGGACUAUAGAUGGUUCAGGUUAAGGACUUAAUUCAACCGGAAGAUGAAAAAGUUUCAGAGAGCGAGAGAGAGCAGAAAGAAUAGAUGAAGAAAGAAAAAACUAAAGCAUAAUUUAUAAUUAGCAAAGCGUAAAAUUAAAAACAAAAACAAAAAACAAAUAUGUAAGCAAAAGCAGAGAAAAACCGAAAAACAGAAAAAAACAGCAACGAGAAAACCAAACUCCAGGAUACAAGAUACAACUACCGAUGAACCUAUCAAGAAG